AGCAAUCCGCUAGCCGGCUAUUCUCCGCUGGCAACGCGCAAUUGUCACACUGUCGAUCUCCCAUUAACUUCCGCAAUGCUCGCUCUCCGCCUACCAUAACACCCUUCGACCUCCUAAUCCCCUGUGCUACUGCAACAAAACUCUCGAUUCUUCUCUUACUUUCCUGUUCAGCUUCCUAAACUGCUUCUACUAUAUACUAAGACGCAAUGGCGUCUUCCGAAUUAUUCUUGCGUGGAGCACCGGAUGCUACCACAGGAUCUCCAGAAACGAAGACCAAUACCACUCAGGUUAUGCAGAUCGAGCUCAGCGAUGAAGAGCUCCAGGAUCUUCUCAGAGCUGUGGAACAAGGUUCCAAGCCAGACAUCCUCUUCGGCAAGAUUCCUACACUUCGCUACGGCAAGACCCAGAAGAUAUUACAGACCUCUACCGAACGCAUGCAACACGAACUUUACUCCGACGAAAACGAAGAGAACCUUGCCUUUGCUGGCUUGAUCAGUCACACCCUGUCCAUGAAGGCAGCUGCAGAAGCGGUGCAGAAGGUCGACGUUGCUUCAGAACGCUUGAAGAACAGAAUGGCUUCGAUCCAAGAACAGAAAGAUGCUCUAAAAACUCAAUUUGACUCCUCUCCACUGCAUGCAACCAAACAUAAUCGUAACCUCUCGCAAAGGGCUUUGCUAAAAUCAACGCAACAUCUGAAUACCUCUGGACGCUCUCAACCUUCGAGUCCAGGUUUCAGUGCCUCCCCUCGAGUGGCACCGACCUCUGCACCUGCUCAAGAUAACGCCGCGAAACUCAAGGCAAUUCGCAAGCCUAUUCUCCACCUUCUUGCUGUGAAGUCGCGCACUGCGAAUGAAAUCACAACGCUACUGAGGUGUAAAGCUGAGGAAGCGAAGCAGGUACUCGAUAAAGUGGCAACCCUGCAGAACUCAAUGUACGAGUUGACCUUGAAGAGCUACAAGGAGCUUGAUGUGUUUGACUUCCCUUAUAAGUCUGGCGAGGAACGCCAAACAGCAGUUGAUAACGCUAUAAGGGCCUUCGACCGCCAGCGACUUCCUAAGGACGACAAGCUUUGGCAAAAGCUCCUUCCCAAGGAAGAGCGCGGCAAAGGCAAGGUUCUUUCCAAGCUCGUCAUACAAGCUCCAACUCAACUACAAGCAUCCUCUUCUACACCAAAGCUCCCAAAGAGAUUUACGGCCGAUAAGAAGCCCGCGGCUGACAAGAAACCUGCUGCUGACAAGAAAGAAACCACCGCUAAGAAGAUCGAUACGAAGAAAUCAGCCGGUGAAGAGACGCAGAAGAAGGCAAUGAAAAAGCCUCUUGGGAAAGAGCCGGUCAAGCGAGGCAAGGCUGAAUCUCAGGACACCGUGACCCGAAAGAAAAAAGUCAUCAAGUCUGCAGCUGUUGUUCCCAAGGAAGAUCUCGAGGAAGAGAAGCCCUUACCAGGAGUACUGAAGACCUCCAACAAGCCUAGGCCUGUCAAGAAAGCGACUGGUGCACCUGUCAGAGCUCCAAACAGGCCAAAGAACCCGUCUCCGCUGUCAGUUUCGCCGCCAGUCAACGCUUCCGACUUUGAAGACGACCACCCAGUACACAAUGCACUGUCCGCGAAGUCUAGUGUCUCUGCAUCCAACUCUGACCGCUCACUUAAGCGCCGCGCGAAUGAUCUCGACAACAACAUACACAACCACUCCAUAUCAAAACAACGCAAGUUGCAUGCUGAUGCUGCCCCUUCUCGCACGCCUGUCAAUGGCUUCAAGUCUGGCAGCCACAACAACACGCCCUCGGGCUCUGCCUCCAGCUCUGCGAAACGUAAGAUCGCUACUGUUGGUUCGGACGCCCACUCUUCGACCUCUUCCCCAACCAAGCGACCCAGGCUUAGUACCGCCUCGCAGCAGACACACACGUUGUCCACCUCUUCCGAUUCGCCUUCCGACACAUCACCAACAUCGCCCCUAUCCUUGUCGUACCGUCAGACCAUCGAGCUCUCAAAGAAGUUUGAGCAGUACUACGGCAAAUACUUCAAGCUACACAACGAGCUCAGCACUUCCCCCGAACCUCCGACUAGCGCUCAGAGGAAUGAGCUGCUUCGCAUGCAUAAUGCUCUUGCGAACAUGAAGGAGGAAAUCCGGGUUGGAGCUGCAAAGCACGCUGUGCCAGUCUAGUGUCGUCUUAUACACGUACACAGCCACGACGUGGUCCAUCAGGCCCACUCAUCGACAACACGUCGAUUUUAGCACAGUAUAUAUCGCGUCUACUUAUCCACAUGCUCGGAUAGGUCACGCUUGGUCCUCCUUCUGCGUUUAUACCUCUACAAAAUCUGCAUGGAACCCGGCGCUACUACGGCUUUGGUGCUCUGGCCCGCUCAUGAAG